AUGAUGAGAACAACCCGAGAGCUGCCCAAGCCUGAGGAGAGAACCCGAGAGCUGCCCAAGCCUGAGGAGAGAACCCGAGAGCUGCCCAAGCCUGAGGAGAGAACCCGAGAGCUGCCCAAGCCUGAGGAGAGAACCCGAGAGCUGCCCAAGCCUGAGGAGAGAACCCGAGAGCUGCCCAAGCCUGAGGAGAGAACCCGAGAGCUGCCCAAGCCUGAGGAGAGAACCCGAGAGCUGCCCAAGCCUGAGGAGAGAACCCGAGAGCUGCCCAAGCCUGAGGAGAGAACCCGAGAGCUGCCCAAGCCUGAGGAGAGAACCCGAGAGCUGCCCAAGCCUGAGGAGAGAACCCGAGAGCUGCCCAAGCCUGAGGAGAGAACCCGAGAGCUGCCCAAGCCUGAGGAGAGAACCCGAGAGCUGCCCAAGCCUGAGGAGAGAACCCGAGAGCUGCCCAAGCCUGAGGAGAGAACCCGAGAGCUGCCCAAGCCUGAGGAGAGAACCCGAGAGCUGCCCAAGCCUGAGGAGAGAACCCGAGAGCUGCCCAAGCCUGAGGAGAGAACCCGAGAGCUGCCCAAGCCUGAGGAGAGAACCCGAGAGCUGCCCAAGCCUGAGGAGAGAACCCGAGAGCUGCCCAAGCCUGAGGAGAGAACCCGAGAGCUGCCCAAGCCUGAGGAGAGAACCCGAGAGCUGCCCAAGCCUGAGGAGAGAACCCGAGAGCUGCCCAAGCCUGAGGAGAGAACCCGAGAGCUGCCCAAGCCUGAGGAGAGAACCCGAGAGCUGCCCAAGCCUGAGGAGAGAACCCGAGAGCUGCCCAAGCCUGAGGAGAGAACCCGAGAGCUGCCCAAGCCUGAGGAGAGAACCCGAGAGCUGCCCAAGCCUGAGGAGAGAACCCGAGAGCUGCCCAAGCCUGAGGAGAGAACCCGAGAGCUGCCCAAGCCUGUGGAGAGAACCCGAGAGCUGCCCAAGCCUGAGGAGAGAACCCGAGAGCUGCCCAAGCCUGAGGAGAGAACCCGAGAGCUGCCCAAGCCUGAGGAGAGAACCCGAGAGCUGCCCAAGCCUGAGGAGAGAACCCGAGAGCUGCCCAAGCCUGAGGAGAGAACCCGAGAGCUGCCCAAGCCUGAGGAGAGAACCCGAGAGCUGCCCAAGCCUAAGGAGAGAACCCGAGAGCUGCCCAAGCCUAAGGAGAGAACCCGAGAGCUGCCCAAGCCUAAGGAGAGAACCCGAGAGCUGCCCAAGCCUAAGGAGAGAACCCGAGAGCUGCCAAAGCCUAAGGAGAGAACCCGAGAGCUGCCAAAGCCUAAGGAGAGAACCCGAGAGCUGCCAAAGCCUAAGGAGAGAACCCGAGAGCUGCCAAAGCCUAAGGAGAGAACCCGAGAGCUGCCAAAGCCUAAGGAGAGAACCCGAGAGCUGCCAAAGCCUAAGGAGAGAACCCGAGAGCUGCCAAAGCCUAAGGAGAGAACCCGAGAGCUGCCAAAGCCUAAGGAGAGAACCCGAGAGCUGCCCAAGUCUAAGGAGAGGACCCGAGAGCUGCCAAAGCCUAAGGAGAGAACCCGAGAGCUGCCCAAGUCUAAGGAGAGGACCCGAGAGCUGCCCAAGUCUAAGGAGAGAACCCAAGACAUAGUGUCACUGCUAUUACAGUAA